AAAUGAAGGGGGCAUCUUAGAAAUGACGUCAGUACUCUUUUCUGCAGUCCAUUGUCCCGGCAGGGAACCAGCCUGACCCAAAAUAGUACAGCGCCCUCGCUUUAUCUCUAAUAGACUUCCUAAAGGAAUAAAGUUGGACAAUUGAAAUAAUUAUACCACUGCAAUCAAUUUGGGCGGAUGUGCAUUCAGUUGACGACAUUAAGCCAGAUAUUCGUUAACUGCAGUUGGAUAAUGUCGCAUCAAACCUUUUCCUGGCUAUUGGUUAUGAUCAGCGCUGUGUUUGCUCUGGAAAGGGAGCACAUACCGCUCACCCUGAACGUGGAGUCCGGUCUUCACGAAGUCCCAUGUGGAGAGUUUAAGUACUUUUCCGUAGAAGUGAAUGAUCCGUGCAAAGAUCUGCGAGUGAGGAUUCAAGCUACUCAAGGAGAGCCAAAUUUGUACAUUUCAAGGGGCAACGAAAAGUUUCCUACCGACAACAGCUUAACGUGGACUUCCUACAACUGGGGUUCAGAGGACCUCACCGUAUUGAGUUGGGACCCGGAAUUUGAAGUUGGUCCCUUCUACGUUGGUGUUCACGCCUACUGCGGAAGUGACGUGGGAACAGGCGAUACACCAUCUAAAUUUACGAUUAUUGCCGAGAGCGUGCCGACCAACCACCCACAUGAUGAGAUUACCGUGAACUCGCCGAUCAUAGAUGGGAGAGUCGAUGCUGAGGGCUACAAUUAUUACCGGUUCUGUUUGCCGCGCAAAUGCGCUGACGUGGAGGUCAAGCUGGAGAACUGCCUCAGUGGAGCAGACUGCCCAGACUCCUACGGGUACCCGGAACUCCUGGUGUCGCGGUCCAUCGUCCGGCCAACCGUCAAAGACCACUCGUGGAAGCUAGCCACCGUGACUCGUCGAAGCGUCUACCUACGUCACGACGACCCCGACGUCCAGCCCGGCCACCACUACGUGGGCGUGUACGGCUGGUGCACACCCGAUGAACACUGCCCGGAUAAGAACAGCUGCGGCCCGUGUGAGUACGUCCCCAACGUGACCUACAACGUGUCUCUCAUCCUGACUGACGUUGCUGACUGCGACCCCACUGCAGGAAAUACAGCAACCAUCUUGGUGCCAUCCUUUGUUGCUGUUCACGUCAGUGCUUUCGUCAUGCAUUUGUUCCUUUAUUUUUAGCUUUAUCUGUAGGAUUAAUGAUAAAAUUGAGUGAUGAAACAAAUUGUUCGAACUUUAAAGCUUUUAUGAAAGGUAAAGCGGAUAGCUUCAGAUGUAAAAUGCUUCAUCCCUUUCCCGAAAUGUUGCAUCUUAUUCAUCAACUACAUUGGCUGCCCAUUGAAUCCCGCAUUCUAUUCCAAUUGCUUCUGCAUGUAUACAAAUCUACACAUAGAGUGGCUCCUCCUUGUCUGACCGAUUUACUCAUCCUACAUCAAUCUGGUAGGACAACCGCUUAGGUCGCCAACCGAUAAUUCCUGCUUAGGGAAUGUAGACGUAGGCCUACUAGGAACCAUAGGCAACAAACCAUUCUCCGUUGCUGGUCCAAGGGAGUAGAACAAGCUCCCCUACAAACUCGACUCUCAUUAUUAGUGUCUUUUUUUCAAGAAAUCGCUAAAAACUCAUCUUUUCAUUCAAUCAACUUAACCUCAUCAUGCUCGUCUUUGUAACUAUACUGCCAGUAGUUGUCGCUAUCGUACGUUUUGAUCAUUGUUAGAACCGCUUCACAAAUACUUUAUUGUUAUUACAGCUAUUGUUUUGAAAAAUUCGCCAUUCCGAAGCAGAUGCGAGGAGUUAAUCAUACUGUGAGAUUCUUAUAAAUCUAAAACAUAAAACGACGCAAAAUUUAUGGUAAAAGUUUUGUUGCCCGUUUGGGCUGAUGGGCUUGUUUCUCGACAGCGAGGGACAAUGUUACAAAUGGCAAGUGGUGGCUAUGAUCUGACACAAGGUGGCGCUGUUCACAAUAGCCUGUUGUGACUGACAUCCACGAUGGCCGACACCUUGCUACAGUCUGCCAAAAAUCAAGAACGACGAAUUGCGGCUGGGAUGGGAAACAUGAACCAAUGAAAAACACUUCAUGUAGAGCAUUAGUGUUUUAGGUGUCAAAGGAGAUUGAAAUAACCAUGACAGUGAUGUGAAAUAUUAAUGUUACCGCAUGUCAUUUCCUACAGGCCAACCCAUGACGAUCCAAUUAAAAAGUAUUCGGUGUUUCA